CACGUAAUUAUUAGAAAAGUGGGUUCAUCCUUAACGGCAAGAUGGCGGACGGAGGCACCGCGGAGGAAAGCCUCGAAUUGGCAGAGAGGCAACGGAAAAUGUCUGCUGCAACACAACCUGUUUCUGUGGAUAAUCAUAAUUCCCAGCCACAGAAGAGUGAAGCUGCAAAGAAAUCUUUGAAAAAGAAAGGUUAGUAGCGUAAUGACAUUACGUUUUUUGUUGCUGAAUUGGAGAGCUGAAUUGGAGGAAAUCAGCACAAUUUCUGUGAAACCCCUAAAACCACAUCUAAUUUUUAGGCAUUGUUAUCACUCUUACAUCAAAAUCAAGCAGUGAAGUAAAUUUUCCGUAUUUUAAUCGAUAUCUAAACUUCGAGGUCAACUGACGACAUGUUGCAGCAUAUCCCAGAAAGUUAGAAAAUGAAAAAAUAGUAAAAAAGUUAUAAGCUUUCAGUUAAGUCGCUUAAACUACAUCUUACUUUUCUCUGUGAUGUCAUGAUCGUCGUAAAUGAUCGUGCAUGUUGUUGUUGGUAUUUCUGCAGUGGAAGUUUUACUAAAGGCUGCUGGAGAUGCCCCUAUUAUGGUGAAAAAGAAGUGGGUAGUGGAUGGAUCAAAGCAAGUCUCAUACAUUAUAGAGUUUAUUAGGAAAUAUAUCAAGUGUGAACCACAAGAUUCACUGGUGAGUUCAUUCCUUUGAUCCUCAGUAGUGAAGUAAGCUCAGAAACUUGACUUAAAGCUUUUUGUACUUAUGGGUGUCAGUUAUAGCCUGUACCAGGCACUUGGUCAAUGGAGACAAGCAAAUAUUUGUUUUUGAAAAUACUGUUAUCUGUAAAAUAGAUGGGAGGGGGAAUAAAAAUGUAACUACUACAUCCAUCAUUGCUGCCAACUGAGGGCUUGGUGUAAGGGUAUGUUAGCCUUGGGUUAGGCUAUUCCAGGGAAGGUUGGGUGGUGAUCUGCUCCAGAAGCCUUACAAAGCCUGACCUUGUUUAGGUCAAUAUCCAUUCUUUUUGUGUCCUUUUCAGAAAAAAAGAUUUAGACUGCGAUACAUCAAUCUCAUCCAACCAAGUCUAAUACAUAUUCAUACAUUCAGACAGAUUUUUUACUUGAUGAAUUAACCCGUUAACUCCCAAGAUCAAAAUAUAAAUUCUCUGCACUGUCUUUUACAUAUUUCCUUUAAUUAGUUACCUGAGAGUUAGUGUUAAAUCAAACAGUGAUCUUUAAGUUGAUAUUUUACUUUCUUAACAUCACCCUUCUGCUUGAAAAUGUAGAGAUACAAUUAGCCCUUGAACUCUCAAGAUCUUAUUGUUAAUUCUUCCCUCUUGCUGCCACACAUUUCCUUGUAAAUUAGCCAUGUGAAUUUGGUUUUAAAUCAAAAUAACAGCUUCUAACUGAUAAGUUUGAGUAUUCUCGUAACCUGUGUGCUGGGUAGUACACAAAUAUUACAAGGAGAGGUUACAUGUUAAUCCCUUUUGGGACUAAAAGGGCUAAGGGAAAUUCCUCUAUGGUCACUCAUUGAAGUGAAGGGGUUAUAAUUUUAAAAAAAUAUAUUAGUAUCACACACACACAAUACAUUGCCACACUCUCACCUUGUUACCUUGUUUAGACUUCUGGUUCAGAAAAUCAGCCUGCUCAUGAGGCUAAAUUGUCAGAGUGUAGAAAAUGUUUAAAAAUCGAAAAGCUGUAAAAUUUACCCUGUUCAAAAGGACAUUACUGUUGGGCUAAACAGACAUUUCCUAGGAAGUGCUAGUGGAGCAUUGCUGUCACUUUAACCUGUGGAGAAAACUUUGUUCUUGCAGGUAACCCUCAGUCUCCAAUAUGUGUUCUAAUGUGUUUCUUCUCAGUUUGUUUAUGUAGGUCAGUGUUUUGCACCAACUCCUGAUCAGACAUUACAGAAUUUAUAUGAUGUGAGUAGAGUGGGUUAACAAUAAUCAUUAAACAUUUUUAAGGGGUCAUUCUCAAGAAGGACUAAGUACAAGUGGACAGAGAUUUGUCCAGUAGAUAGCAUUAACCAUCCUUCAAACAGUGGUUGCCAGGUUACCAUGACAGUAUACCAAUAGCCUUACAUACUUCUGAGUUGACAGAGAUACUGGAUGAGUAAAUUGGCGUCUCUAAAAGCAUAAUGCAAUGACCCUACCAGGGUUCCAACCCAGACCUCUUGAUAUGCAGCUCAGUGUAAUAACACCACCCCACUCCAUCUCCCAUACAAGAAAAUGAACCCCCCCCCUCCCUCUCCCCCUACCACCAGGACUUGCUUGCCUUUUUAUCAUGAGCAUGACCUCUUCACUUCUUUGAUUUUAUUUGUAGUUUUCUCCCUACUGGUUUUAUCCAUUUAUUUGUAAAUAUUUAAGAGAAUUUUGUAUAGAAUCUUGGUAUUACCCCAAAGUUAAUGAGUUUGUAUUUUCUUGUAACCUGUUUGCUGGGUAAAUAGUAGUGUUACUUUUAGAGUAAAUUAUGUUUUCAUCACUUCUGGAAGUCAGAGGAUUAAUUAUAACACAAUUUAUUGCAGUAGCUUGAGAUAUGACUGAAUGGGGUCUGACAUGUUGAUAAUCUGAUGACAUUUUACUGAAUGAAGUUAAUUAUUCUUUGUUUUAGUGUUUUGGAGCAGAUGGAAAGUUAGUCCUUCAUUACUGCAAGACACAAGCUUGGGGAUAAUUGAGCUCUACAGCAUUCAAAACUUUAUUUUUCCAAAAAUGUUAUUAAUAAACAGAUCAUGUGAUAGGUAGGAAGUGGAACUUUUUGGACAUAAGGAAAAUUUAAGUCUUAAGGGAGAGAAGUUUUCACAGCCAUCAUGUUUGAGGUUCAAAAAUCAGAAAAUAAGAGCAUCCUUUAAAGAAUGAGUGGGAUUUCAAGUGGAAUUCAACCUUUCAGCCUCUUUUUUAAAUAAACCAUUUUAGUUUAAUUUUUGAAUUUUUCUGAAGUAUACAUAGUUCAAAACAACAUCCCUAAUUUCACUACUUCUAUAGAGCCACAUGUUUUUGAAACAUAAAGAAGGCUGGUCAUUUACUCUGUACUCUAUUUUGCCUGAUUUGCAAAAAAGUAUGCAAUGGACUAUUUCCUGUCAAGGAAUUUCCCCAAAAAAAGAUGUUGUAUGUGUAUGUAUUUCUCAUCUUAAAUAAACUGAGAGUAUGUAAAUAUGAUAAGAUAUUUUGUAUUAUAAUAAUUGAAUAAAACCAUG